AGACUAGUCACCAAGCUGACCACAGAUCAGCUGCGGGUCCAAAUCCUGCUCGAGACGGACCAGCACCAGCCUCUAACCGUACAUCAGACAGAAAAAAUGUCUGAAGCUGUAACGUCCUCAGAUGAGCUGAACCACGACCCGGCCUCGCAACGUCAGAACCCCCCCGAGGAAAACAGCCCAAUCGCACCGGAGAAUCCACACGCAGACUCUGGGGAGACCGGAAGAACCCGUGCGGUUCCGAUCCACCACCGUCCAGACCUGUUGGUCCCCUGCGCGGACCUGGUUAACUCCGAGUGGCCGAGGAGCCAGGCAGCCCGGGUCCACUCCCUCCAGAAGUCCUGCUCGGAGUUCCCUGUCUGCUUGGUCCUCCUGCAGGGACAGGGCGGGGAGGAGCGGCUCCUGGGCCACGUGCGGCUGACCCGGGUCGUGGGGCUCGACGGCGGCCUGUUCGUUGAGUCGGUGGUGGUGUCCAGGGAGCGGCGGGGGAUGGGCUUCGGCCGCGUCCUAAUGGAGGAGACGGAGCGCUACGCCAAGCGCCGGGGGUUCAGUCGCCUGUGCCUCACCACCCACGACAAGCAGCACUUCUACGCCCAUCUGGGCUAUGUGCUGUCGGCGCCGGUGCAGAGCCAGGGCGCCGUGAUGGCCCUUGUUCCCAUGGCGAUGCUCAUGAGGCUCUCCAGAGCCUCAAGUGUGGAGACGAACGCCACACACCCGCCAGCAAAGAUGGAUGUUCAGGUUUCACAAGAGAACAGAGACUCGGGGGGUGCUUCUGGUUUAGCAUCAUCUCCUACUUCUAGACCUCCUCUUCCUCCUCCUCUUUCAUCCAUACCUACCACUCCUCCUCUUCCUCCUCCACCUCCUCCUCCUCCACAGUCAUCCGAGCAGCCUGUAGUUCAAACGUUGACUGAAAGCCCCUACAGAGAUGCUAAAGGACUCCCGAUCUUUUGGAUGCACAAAGACCUUUAACAUUCAGUCAGAAUCAAGAUGGCCGCCGCAGACAGACGAGUUCAGGAAAAAAACAAAAAUGGCCACAACUCAGUCGGUUUUACAGACACUGAGCUAAAAUUUGGAGUGGUAGUAAGUGAGAGUCAUUUUGAGAACAUGACUUCUUUCAUUCAAACCUUGGCAAUAAUUGUAAGGGGCCACCCUGUUUGUAAGCAAAAUAUCUCAUGAACCACUGGACAGAUUUCAAAGAAAUCUUCAGAAAAGUCAUUUUUGGAUGCACCUCUUCAACUUCUCUUUUUUGGGUCUACCACAUCCAAGAUGGCCACCGCUGCUAAUAGACGUUAGCCUAAACACAAAUAGCUAUACCUCUGUGAAUUUUACAAAUUUUUAGCUAAACUUUGGUGUGUGGUUGCAGAAAAGUCAUUCUCAACACUUAUUCCAAGAACAGAUCAUGUAAGAUAGGACAGUAUUAUACUUAUUGUAUUUUUUUUUUCUUUUCCAAAAACAACUCCAUCAUCUAUAACAUGGAAUUCAUUUUUUUUUUUUCAAGAAAAUGAACCCAUGCACGUGAUCUCUGUUAUGAUGCCAAACAACAACUUUGAAAAGUUUUAAAGUGGGGUUAAAGUUUUAUAAGAUGUGAGGAAAACUAAUUAUUCUAAUAAAAGGUUUGAAUGUAAUGAAAA